CAUAAUAUGUCGGUUAACCACUUGAACGUCAAAUCUGACAUUCUAAUUUGAAAACUUGAUCGUUGCUGUUGCGCGCUCCGUUUUCUUAUUGGAUUUCUUUCUCUUUGCAUUCGCGAUCCUUGAUAGUAAAACGUUGAGUCGAGCUAAUGCUCCUCCGUUCUAACUUCAGGUCUUGUGUGUGUUGAGAAAGUGACUGAGAUAGUGACUCUGUUAUACCUACGUGUCGUGUUGAGAUAGUGACUCUGAGAAAGUGAACUUUUACUUUUGUUUAUGUGCUUGUGUGACCACAACCAUGCCUCAGAAGAUCUGCUGUGUUUCUUCAUGCAAAUCAUCACUUCAAAAUGGUGCCAUUCUUCAUAGCUUUCCGAAUCCAUUGAAAGAGUUGGAAAAGUUUCGCACAUGGGUGAAAAAUGCUGGUAUUGAUGGAGAGGAUGACAAACAUAUAUUUGCCAACAGAAGAAUUUGCCAUCUUCAUUUUAAUAAAAUAUAUCAUUACCCGAAAAACAGAUUGAGCAAACUGGCAAUUCCAACACUGCAUCUUCCAGAUGUCCCAUCCAGUUACACAGCAGAGCCUAUGGACGUGUGUGAGCAGCAGCCACCCACAUAUAAAGAGAUCUAUUGUGGUCCUAAUACUAGUGCACCACAACCAACUUCUAAAAGGCCUCAGCCCAUGACAAUGGAUGACCAGCAGCCAAGCACAAGCACUAUGAUUUACACUGGUGUUACUAGAAGUGCACCACAACCAACUUCUAAAAGGCCUCCGCCCAUGACAAUGGAUGACCAGCAAGCAGCAAGCAAGCAGCCAAGCACAAGGACUCACAGUGGUGUUAUUAGAAGCCAUAUGUUCAAGAACCAAUUUGAACAAGAUCUAUAUAAAGCAGUCGCCAAAACACAAGCGGAACUCAGACGAUGCAAAAAAGCAAAAGCGGGACUAAUAGAGAAGUUACAAAUAGCCAAGAAAUUGACCCGUUCCAAAGCUUAUCAAUAUGUUACAAAAGACUUGUCACCAGCAGCAAAAACAUUUUUUGAUAUGCAAAUAAGACAAUCUACAAAACACCCCAAAGGACAUCGUUUCACAUUAGAUGAAAAGAUAUUGGCAUUAUCAUUAUAUAAACCUAGUCCAAAGGCAUAUCGCUUGCUGAGCCAAAUAUGUGUUCUGCCGAAAAAAACUACCUUGAACAAAUUAAUGACGAAAACAUAUUUAAUGCCUGGGAUAAAUGAUAUUAUCUUUAAUAAUUUAAAGAAAAGGGUAGAAAAAAUGCCUAGUAAGCAUAGAUAUUGCUCUAUAAUAUUUGACGAAAUGGCCAUUGCUGCCCAUGUUGCAUUUGAUAAACAUACCGAUAAAAUAAAAGGUUUUGAGGACGACGGAUUCGAACGCGAAAGAAAAUUUGCUGAUCACGUGUUGGUAUUUAUGGUCAGAGGAGUAUUCAAAAAAUUUAAGCAGCCUGUCGCUUAUAGCUUUUGUACUGGAUCCACAAAAACGGAGAAGCUCAAAAGGCAAUUAAAAACAGUAAUUGAAAACGUUUUAGCAACCGGACUCAAAGUCAUUUCGACAACGUGCGACCAGGGAUCCACUAAUAUGGCUGCCAUAAAUUCACUAAUAAAUGACACCAAAGGUCAUUAUAUAAGGCAGAAUCAAGAAUUUAAAGGGGGGUUUUUUGAAAUCAACGAACACAAAAUUUACCCACUAUACGACCCCCCUCAUCUUUUAAAAGGAAUAAGAAACAAUCUGAUUACAAAAAAUUUGGAAUUUACUCUGAAUGGGAAAAAGCGCACGGCAAAAUGGGCCCAUUUAGAAGCUCUAUACAAAAAGGGCCCAAGCUAUAAAGGCAUGCGCUUAAUUCCUAAACUUACCGCGCGCCAUGUAAUUCCUAAUUUAAUACCUAAAAUGAAGGUUAAAUACUGCACGGAACUUUUUAGUAAAACUGUCAGCGUUGCCAUGGGAUUUACAGCAGGAACUGGCAGAAUCCCAAAAGAAGCUCAAGAUACUGCAGAAAUUUUAUUAUUUUUCGACAAUUUGUUCGAUUCCGUAAACGGUAGUUACAACAGAAUUGAAAAGGGUAAAGUUUACCGAUCUGCGGUCUCGCCAAAGUCACCACAUCAUAAGUUGUGGUAUAAAAGUCUACCAAUAUUAAAAUCCAUGCAAUUUGUUGGUGGAGCACGCUCAGGGGUGGUUCCAUCUUUAAGAAGUUGGAUUAAAACUAUAGAAGCAUUCCAGCAAAUAACAAAAAAAUUACAUUCCAUUGGGCUCAAAUCGUUACUGCUGCGCAAUUUCAAUCAAGACCCUUUAGAAAAUUUUUUUGGUGCAAUAAGGGCUCAUGGGCAUCGAAAUAUAAUGCCUACAGUGCCGGCAUUUGAGGCUUCUUAUAAAGCGCUUUUAAUAAAUAAUAUGGUGUCGCCUAAAUCAAUUGGGGCUAAUUGCGAAAGUGAUGAUGGCUAUUGUUUACAAAAUCUCAAAUACCUUUUUUAUGAAAACAUUGUUAGGCCCUUACCUAAAAAUAUAAUAAUAAAUUUUGAUCACAUAAACAUGGAUCUAACCAACAUUGAUAAUUUAAUAAAAAGCCAAAAUCCGUUAAACAUCGAAAAAUGCGCAGCAGCUGCUUAUUGUAGUGGUUGGGUUAUUAAAACAAUUUAUAAAAAUAUUGGUUAUUGUGAAAUGUGUAAAAGUGAUUUAGAAGGGGAUGGUGAAGAAAUCUAUUCAAAAUUUAUAACUAUGAAAAAAUAUUCAGAAAAAUGCAAUCUUCACUAUCCCAAUAAACAUUUGCUGGAAUGCCUAUUGCAUAUAGAAGAAAUCACAUUGUUAAUUUUAUCAACACAGUGUGAAUCGGAUCAAAUAUCCGAAUAUAUAAAAUUGGUAACCACUUCUCUUGUAACAUUAAAUUUUGUGACAUGCGAAAGUCAUAAAGAAAAAGUUAAAGAACUUAUAAUAUGUAAAGGAAUUUCCUUGAUGAUAAAUGACUGGUGUAAAGAAAUAAAUAAUAUAUUAAAUGGUAAAAAUAUAGUUUUUGAUGAAAAUUGUCCUAUGAAAAUGUUAGCGCACAGAUAUUUUGUAUCACAUAAAAGUAAAAAUAAAAGUUUUAAAUGAUUUACAUAUUUGUUUUUUAUUUCUUUUACCUUGUUUAGCAAUUGGUUAUGUG